AAUUAUUUUAUUUUUACCUCUUUUAAUUUUUUUCGACGAAGAAUAUGCAUCGGACUAUCCUUUAUGUUUCUCUUUCAUUCUCGUUAGCAUGGUAAUUCGAAUUACAUGAUUUUUCUUCUCUCUUCGUAUAUAUAUAUAUUCCCUACUUUUUUGGCAUUCGAUACAAACUUCUCUGAGCAUCUGUGUAACUGUCCACUUCAAUCACCAUUAAUUAAUGGCGGAGCUUGUACAAUCAUCUUCCAUAUCCGUGUCAAAAACAGAGGAAAAGGAGAAACGAACAAGAGAUGAAACUUACCCAGUAUACAGAGGAGUUCGAAUGCGAAGUUGGGGAAAAUGGGUUUCUGAGAUUAGACAACCGCGUAAGAAAUCGAGAAUUUGGUUGGGUACUUAUCCAACACCUGAAAUGGCUGCACGAGCUCAUGACGUUGCUGCGCUUAGCAUCAAAGGGAAUUCAGCGAUUCUCAAUUUUCCUCAACUUGUUGAAUCGUUGCCUCGUCCAGCGUCAAUUUCACCUAGAGAUGUUCAAGCAGCAGCUGCCAUGGAUGAACUAAAUUCCUCUGUUUCUUCGACAUUGAGACACAGUGAAUCGAUGGAAACGGAAGAUCAAUUAGGUCAGAUUAUUGAAAUCUAUAAAGUUAAAUUCUGAUUUUGUCUCAAUCUUUUAUGACUUCACUUUUAAAAUUAGCAAAAUCUUUUUGUUAUUGUUAUCAAAUGGGGAUCUAGCAAUAUGUAUAAUAUAAUUCAUAUAGUCGACUCUAACUUAUUUAGAAUUAUGAUGUAUAGUGAUGUUUUUGUGGUUUGGCAUUGUACAAAAAAUUUUGCACUGCCAAGUAAUUAAUACAACAGAAUGGAAGGCCAGCCUCAUCAUAUGCUGUCUUCUAAUUAGUUUCUAUAAUCUUGAUUUAGCAACAUGUUCCUUGCGUGCUAUAUAUGUAGAGUGGUUUGACAGUUCGUUAGAAUUAUGCAAAUAUUAAUUAUUUCAU